AUGUCGGACUACACCAUUCGUCUCUACAAGGACUCCGAUUACGAUACUGUGAGGGAGCUGUUUGCGGAGGGAACAUUGGAACAUACUCGCGUGGCAUUCAAACAUGGACUUUCGCUGACACACAUCCGGAUAUUUUUAUUGGCCGUAUUUCUCGUGCCCUUUUUGAUCACUGGCUCAAUCACCUUGUCUUUCAUAGUUCUCCUCCUGGUCUUCACCGCCAUGUGGUUUGGCACUAGAGACCUCUACGAGUCCUACGUCCGACAUGCCCUCUCCAAUGACAUGCUAGACAUCCAGAAAUACUACCUGCAAAGAGACGGCUACUGCUUCUGGGUGGCCCAGUCCUUAGGAGAAGUGGUUGGGAUGGUGGUGGCCAUCCCAUCAGCUCACCCAGAAGGAGAGAACCACAUUGAACUGAGAAGGAUGUCUGUCGCCAACAGCCACCGAGGCAGAGGAAUCGCCAAAGCACUAUGUAGAACGGUCAUUGAUUAUGCUCGUGAGCGUAGUUGCAGUGCAGUGGUCUUGGAGACAACGUUGGGCCAUCAGGCAGCUCAUGGGUUAUACAAGAGAAUGGGAUUUAAAUGGCAGCAUUCAACUUUUCUGAAACACCCACUGGCAAAAUAUGUAGAUUUUAAAUUCUUAUUCUAUAAAUAUGACAUAUAA